AUGCGCAUUUCGACAACGACCUACCAUCCAUCGGGCACCGGCAUUUUCGGGCGUUUCCAUCGCAGGCUAAAAACCGACCCAUGGAAAGCUGAAAACUCAGCGAACUGCUCUACCAACCUGCCCCUUGCACGUCUUGACAUUCAUGUGGCACCAAAGUCGGAUCUGGACCACAGCGCAGCCGAAUUGACUUUCGGCGCUACCCUCCGACUGCCAGGUGAGAUGUUCACACCGACCCCUCGCGGUGCUGAUGAGAGUCCUGACAAUUUUGUGCCCUGCCUGCGGCAGUUGAUGCGUUCGCUUUCCUCCGAUUUCUGCCCGCACUCCACCCCACCGACUGAGUCUUAUUUCGAGAGAGGCUUGGCCGAAUACACUCACGUAUUCAUCUGGGAUGACCUAGUGCGCUGA